AUGCUUUGCAAAAUUGAGGAAAUUAAGGACUUUAUGCUCACAGCCAGGCAAAAGGACGCUGGAUCCGUCAAGAUCAAGAAAAAUAAGGAUAACGGGAUGUUUUGAGUUUGAUAUAGCAGAUACAUUUAAGCCUUGGUCAUCACCAAGGGAAAGGCAGGGAAACUGAGGCGAUUCCCCCCAAAUUUGGCAGUGGAGGAACCAAAAUGA